UUAAUAUUCUAAUGCGGCUGUCACAAUAAAUUCACCCAUAAAUCUGUAAAUUAAGAAAAUAAUAUUUAAAAAUAUCGAUUUUUUGCACCAGAAUUGCCCCUUAACCUUGACAAAGGUUUUUAAGUAGCUGUUAACACAGGAGUCAGCAAGUGAUAGCGAAUGAAGAUAAGAGCGACGUAUGUGAUCCCGGUAUAAAACCUGUCUUCGUGUGAUACAUUUAUCGCGACAUAGUACACCAGGAGAUUAGGGCUGAUUGCAAACGUUUACUAGUCUGUUGUCAGCUGCUGCUGGAGAUACAAGGUCUUCUGACAUGAGCUCAUUCCAGGUUGUGGAAGAAUACUCCAAUAACACUGUUGUUUACCCUAAAGGUCUGCCAAAUGACAGAGGGUCGCGUAGUGUGUCCUGUGGAGUACUAAUUGUAGUUGUACUGGUAGCAAUAGCAGUACGUUUAUCCGCUUCAGAAAUCAUUCUGUGCUCACCAUUACAAUUGCUAUUAUUCUGUUUCUUUGGAUUGGUAACUACACAACUUUUGCUGAUAAGAUUCAGUCUUCUUUGGGAAGAAAGGCACCAUAUCCAUGGAAGAUAUGGUGGCAGCAAGAUACGUUUGUUCAGAAAUGUUUGGAACAUGAACAUGAAAACAAUGUCAGCUUUCAUCAUUGGUGUUGUUUAUACCAUAAUUUAUUGUAUGCAGUAUGGAAACCCUGUUUUGUUAAUUCAAGACGUUGGCCCUCACUCAACUUUUUUCAUUUUCAUUGCUGCAUAUGUAAUUUGCAAUCUAAUUAAAGUGGAAGAAAGCAAAUUGCAGAAUUCAAUAAUGCUUGAACGGAUGAAUGGAAUGGAUUAUGGCAGUGGCAUGGCCUAUAAUUUUUUUUAUGGAUAUUUGGAUAUUGUCCUCCCAAACAGGGGAGGAAGUGAAAAAGGUAUGAUUGAGAAGAUUGAAGAUUAUAUUGACCAACAGGGACUAAAUGAUUCUAGUUUCCCAGUAAAGAAACUUUUCAUAAUUAUACCAUCAUCUGCCUACACUCCAAGUAAACUGAGUGACAUCGCAGAUGGCUGGAUGGAGCCUGCUGGGAGCUUGGAAUCACAUAUUUUGAAUAGAGCAGGUGUACAACAACGUGUGUAUAAAAACUCUGUAUACAGGAUAAAAAAUCCUAAUACAAAUGAUGAACCUGUAUACGUAGCUGCAGAAGGUGCAACUCCUUUGAAAAGCCUCCACGAUGCUAUUUCUCGAAGUGGAGAAAAUCAAGUAUUUUACAGAGAACACUUACAGGAGCUGAUGUCACUUUUCUACAAAACAUUACGUAAAAUUAUAAAAGCGGACCGUGAUUGUCGCGAUUUGUGUGAGAUUGUAUAUUACAUUGAUCUUGAUGAACAUGGAAACAGAUGUGUGAACAUCGCAGAACUUUUACUAUAUCGCAUAGAACAACUGAAAAAUAUACAGAGGCUCUGAAUGUUUUUUUAAUUAAGAAUGUGUGCCAAUUGUUAUUCCAUCAAGCAUAUUAUUGACAUACUUUUUAAAUGACAGUUUUUAUUUUAUUUUUAUCUAACAGACACAAUUUUUGGUCGUUACAUGAAGAAUUUUAAAUAUUUUUGGACUGAAAGUGCCUUUGUAAUUUUAUAUUUUUAAAAUUUGUUUACAAGAACUGACUUCAUGUAUUAUAACAUAAUAAUUGUGAAUUAUAUCCUAAAGAGA